AAGCGUAUACUGCUCUCAGAAACUCAUAUGUCAGGCACACAUCAAGCAAGCAGCACGGACAGUUUAUCUUGAUUUUCCUGUAAUUUUUCUUAGCGCUUUUUACUUUGGAGAAUAAUGCCGCGUGGAAAGUACGUGAACCACAAAGGUCGUAGUCGCGAGUUCACGCCCGUGGAUGUUUUGCAGCAGGAGCUGGACAGAAUUCGCCAGGGCGAAAGGAGCAGCGGGGUGCCGAUCAGGAAUCAAGGGAAAGGUAAUUUCGAGGACAAGUGCAUUCGCAGUCAAGGUGCGCACAGCCUAAUUGAGAUCUCCAAUCCGAAUCGCUUGCCGCGCCGGAAGCCGUUGAGUCUUCUGAUAAGCAACGCAAAUGGAAAUCAGUUCACCGAGGAGGACGACGCCACCCAAAGGAGGCGGCACGAAAGAAGAAAGGAGCGAAUGCAAAGCGAAAACAUCCAGAGGAGCAAGGAGACUCUGGCCGAUCUCGCCAGACUGGCAUUGGUUCGCAGGGAACGGGAGGCGGCUGCCCAGCAGCGAUUGGCCGCAAAGAAAGCGGCUGCCGAGGCGGCCGCCUCCAGCUCGGACUCUUCCCUCAAGAAGAUCAGCCAGAAGCCGUCGGAAGACGCGCCCCCGGAGCUCCAGAGCCAGAGCUGCAAUCUCAGGGCUCGUCAGAGGAAGACUCGAUCCGCUCGCAAGAAGUAAUAUGAAAUCGGUAACGCAAGAAAAUGAAAACCCCUUUGAUAAUCAAGCGAUUCCUACGAAUGCUAUUACAUAGGGAUGUUGCGUCCUUUUGUAUUCCCAAAUAAAUGCUAUGGCAUUGCAGAAAA